GAUUGGCUACCGCGUCUCCCUAACAAUGCAAUGUAUUCCCUUUCGAGCAGCUCUUGCUCCCUCUUUUUUCUAGGUUUUGCUCUUCUGCUCUUCUUCGUCAAGAAUCUGCCUUCAUCUCUACAAAAUUACGUGCAACAGACGCCUGAAUCUCUGCUUGAUAUAACUGUCAAGGAUAUAAAUGAUGCUGAUGUAAGGCUGAGCACUUACAGUGGAAAGGUUCUUCUUAUUGUAAACGUUGCCUCCAAAUGUGCCCUGACACAUCAAAACUACAUCGAAAUGAAUAUCCUGUAUGAGAAACACAGAGAUAAAGGAUUUGAGAUUCUGGCAUUUCCUUGCAACCAAUUUUUAAGUCAAGAACCUGGAAGCAAUGAGGAAAUUCAGGAGGUUGCCUGUACUAAAUUCAAAGCUGAGUUCCCCAUUUUUGAUAAGAUUGAAGUCAAUGGACGGAAUGCUGCACCCCUGUACAAGUUUCUGAAGUCCAACAAAGGUGGCUUCUUUGGAAAUGGCAUCAAGUGGAACUUCACCAAGUUUCUUGUUGAUAAACAAGGCAAGGUUGUGCGGCGAUAUGCGCCGACGACGUCCCCCAUGAAAAUUGAGGAAGACAUACAGAAGCUGUUAUCUGUUUCAUGACUUAUGGUUUGCAUUCCAGGCUUUGCUCAUCCGGUGUUCUUGACAUGGUGCGGCAAGGUUGGCUUUUUAUCUCUAUGAAGUGUUUAUUGUCAAAACUGGAAUAAUGAUUUGGAUUAACUAUUUAUUAAACCAGCUUAUAUUAGCAAAUCACUUAAAUUGCUGUUAUAUUAAGUUAAACUUUCCUUUUUAGCAUGAUAUUUAAGCUGAAAGGUUAUGAAAACUGGACAAUGAACAGAGAGAUAGGUUCAAGUUUCAUGAUACCAGUGGAGUUGAAUUGAAUGAUGUAAUAUAUAUUAAAAUUACUUUAAUAUGAUUUAGAUGAUGUAAUAAUGAUAUUUUUUACAAUUCUAAUGUAGGAUAUUUGCGCCUAAGUGAGCUUCCCCUUUCUGCUGCAUUUGUGUACAUGUGAA